AAUUACGAGUAUAAGUUCUCAUAAUAUAAAGACAACCGUUUCCUGUUGCAGGACUGCAUGGCCGUUCUUCUCUUGGUUUCGGUUGCAAGUGAGUUGCCAAGAGACUGUCAGAUUAGUUUCGAGAGGAAUUGUAUAUAAGUCAUAUCGUUAGCUAUAUUCUUUUUGUAAUCGUGUCGUUGUACUUAGAACACUUGAAGCAAGGGUGUUAUUUACUUCAUACUUGAAUACUGAACAGAAGUUUGGGUAGUACUUAUUUAUAUUUGCACUGUGAUCUAGCGAUAUAUGAGGGAUACCACGGGGAGAUCAUUGGUCUUUAUAUAACCUGAGAAACGACCUGCCACGGUCAGGACGGUCGAAUUAUUCGGGGGGAAAACUAUAUGUCGGACUAUAUGCCAUGGAUCUGGACGAGGCGCUCAAAUCCUUGGGCGAUUUCGGGCGAUAUCAGACCAUCAUUUACGUGCUCAUAUGCCUGGUCGGGCAACUCACACAGUCAUGGCAUAUGCUAGCCAUCACCUUCUUGGGGGCGGUUCCCGAGCAUCGUUGUCGCAUUCCUCCAGGGGAUGAUCCAGCGGGUGAAGAUGUCGUCAUGGACCCUUGGAAUCAUUACUAUCCGGUCGAGCAGGGCAAGUCAGAAGGCGAAGGUCCAGUAAAUUCCAGCUGUUUGAGAUUUGUGAACUUCACCGCUGGCAAUGCAACGGAGGGGUGCAUCGAUGGAUGGGUUUAUGAUGAAGAUCUCUAUGGGAAAACGAUUGCAACAGAGUGGGAUCUGGUUUGCAAUGACAAAGACAAGGUGGAUCUUUCUACUUCGAUCUUCAUGGGUGGGGUUAUGGUCGGAUCAUUAAUGUUUGGACAGCUUUCUGAUCGUUUUGGAAGGAAGCCGAUAUGGUUUAUUUCCAUCUGGGCCCAACUCGCUUUCGGUGUCGCCGUCGCUUUCUCCCCAAACUACUGGACGUUUGUCGCCCUCCGAUUCUUCGUCGGUGUUUUCGAACAGGGUAUCGACCUAACAUCUUACGUGAUGGUAACUGAGAUGUUUACACCGAGUAAGCGUGGACCAGCGGGUAUUCUUCUAACUAUAUUUUGGGCAUCAGGGAUUAUGUCACUACCAGGUUUGGCCUUCCUCCUCAAGGAUUGGGUCUAUCUUCAACUCACCAUCUCCUUGCCCAACGUAUUAACCAUCUUCAUCAUAGUAAUAAUCCCAGAAUCGACUAGAUGGCUAUUGUCCCGCGGGAAAGUUGAACAAGCCGAAGCAAACCUCCAGAGGAUCGCCAGAUUUAAUGGCAAGGAGAUGCCCUCACCCAUCCUCUCCCAGUACCAGACCAACACCUGGACCAAAGACUCGAGCAACUACGAUAUCUGGACCUUGUCUAGACGGACUAAAGUCAAUGCAAAGCUCAGACAGGUUUCCGUAUCAUCGGAUCCUGAUCUCUAUGACCUCACCAAUGGUGAUACAAAGACACUUACUCUGGUGGAGGGGUACAGUAUGAGUAGCAUGGACGCGCUUCCAGAUGGUGGCGUCCUAUUUGGUGAGGAGAAGAGAUUCACAGUCAUUGAUUUGGUCCGGACGCGAAACCUGAGGAAGCUGACUAUCAUCAUGGUGUUUGUAUGGUUUGUAAAUAGUGUUAUCUACUAUGGACUGUCACUAAACACAGAUAGUCUAGCAGGCGAUCCAUAUCUUAAUUUCUUCAUUAGUGGAGCUGUCGAGGUUCCCGCCUAUUUCGUUGCAGCUGGUCUUGUCAAAUGGAUUGGCAGACGUGCUUCUUUGUGUGCUUGUCAUAUAAUCGGUGGAAUAGCCUGUAUAACAACAGAGUUUAUUCCUACUCAAACAGAGGGCGGUACAGAUCUGUCGCCUGUUACUGUGACCGUAGCGAUGGUUGGCAAAUUUUGUAUAUCAGCCUCGUACGCCAUUGUAUUCCUUUAUGCAUCAGAGUUAUUUCCUACAGUUAUCAGGAAUCUUGGAUUGGGUGUUUCGUCAUUUUCAUCUCGAGUUGGCGGCAUCGUUGCUCCUUUAUUGUUAGCGCUCGGAGACUACCAGUAUUGGUUACCAAUGACUAUCUUUGGUUCUCUCUCGAUCCUGGCUGGGGUAAGCGUAUUACCCCUCCCCGAGACACUGGGUCGUACCCAACCACAGACCAUACAGGAUGGUGAAGAUCUACAUCGCAAGGUGGGGACCAAGCAUGCUACUGAUAAGCUACCAUUCGCAGGACACAUCAAUUUAGAAGAUAAUGACACAAAGUUAUGAUUUCUAACAUAAGUUGAGACACCAACCAGGGAGAUCUGCUUGGCCAUAAACUCUAAAUAAACAGAUGCGAGUUAUACACACAAAAAGUUUUCAACAUGGACCUAAAAACCUCCAGAAAAUCGCUCUAUAAAGGGUUCUUUGUUUCAAAGAACUUUUAACAUGUUUAAUGAUUCGAAGAUGUACCAAAAUGGUCCCAAAGAAUCAGUUCGAACCGUAUUUUGGUCAUUUUUGUUAUAAUUAUAAGGUUACGGAAUCGUAUAGGUAACAUCCUUGAUCGACUAUAAUCUCUAAAACCUUAAGCAGGUUUUGGAAGAUACCUCGGUGUACUAAUUCUCACCCAUGAAGAGAACUUUAAGUUUAAAUUGUUAUUCGUGUUUAUGGUGAGAAGGGUAAGAAUACAAAGAUACAGAUCCUUGAUAAUCAUCAUUGAAUAUACUGAUGAUGACAAUAUUAACUUGACUGUUUUCUUUGAGUUUUACAAUUAUGAAUAAACAAUAUAUAAAUGUAGAUAUAUAUAGCAGAAACCACCAUUAUUUUUUUAUGCACCUUACUAAGAGUCAGUGCUGCGUCUUCUACAUGUUAUACAGAAGAAUCCCGCAAGUGCAUUUUGAUCGCCAUUCCUCAGGUCAUGUAAAAAAACCUUUAUGAUGAUGUUAAUGAUUUCAGUCAGUGGCGUAACAGGCGGGGGGCAGGGGGGGGCAAGCUGCCCCCUGGCGGAUUUCACCGGGAAAAUAAAAAAAAAACGGGGAAAAAGGAAAAGGGAGGGAGGGAGAAAGAAAGGGAAAAGGAAAGGAGGAAAAGGGGAAAGUGAAAAGAAAACGAAGAUUUUUUUUUUAUGGAAAAGGAAUGAAAGAAGAAUAUUUGAGAAAGAACAAAUCAUACCGAAAUAGGCCUAUGUAAUGCAAUAGCAUGAUGGGAAAUAAAUUAAAAAGAUGACAAAAUGGCAAACAUUAGCGGGAAAUGAAGGUAGAAUGAAAUUAGUCAAAAGCUAAACUGGAAAACAAAGAAAUAGGGACAAGAAAAAAAUAAUAACACGACCGGGCUGCCGAGGAUUGAAAAUAAAGAGCGGGAAGAAAGAUGGACUGCAUACAACAUUGUGCUAUAAGCUUGCUAAAAAAUAUGCAAAUAAGCUACCGGGGCUUUGCCGCAGCUAGACCCCACACAAUAGGGGCUCUUCAUCUAUAACCUUCAAAUGGCUCUAUAUAAGCCCCCCUUUAGGGACCCUUCCUACAUUAAGCUUUACGUUCAUGGCGUACAGGCGGGGGGGGGGGGUCUUGGUUCCACACCCAAGAGAAAAUAAAAUAAAUUAUAGGUUUGCUCGCUGGCGACUUUUUACAAAUUUUCCCACAUUGCUAUGUUUUGCCCCCUCAAAAUAUUUGGUUUAACUGGGUUGAAUAAAUGUGUUGUGUAAAAGCUAUAUUCUGUAUAUACCCGCGAUUUGAUUAAAAAUAGCGGCAAUCUGCGAGGUUUAAAUGGCUUAAUUUGAUAUCAAGAAGUUCCGGGGGCUCCGCCCCGGACCCCAACCGCAUAGCACUGCCGUAUAUUAGUAUGGAAGGAUUGGGCCAUGGUCCCCAAAAGUUCUACAACCAAGAAAAAGAAAGGAGGGAAGAAAAGCAAAGGAAUGAAGUGUAGGAUAUGAUUUUAUUUACUGAAUAUAAUAUGUCAAAAAUAUCUCUAAGUUAGAUUCUCAUGAAAAGGUGAUUCUUUUUUUUCUCGCUCGCUUCGCUCGCUCGAGACUUAUAUUAAGCAGCUUUUUAGCACAUUCGCCAUACUGCGCCCCUUGUUUGUUUUUUACUCUUCACGCUACUGCCGCAAAGAAUCCUGUUCACAGUGUUAUACAGACCACAAGAAAAAGGAAUGAAAGAGUGAAACAUAUUAUUCUCUGGAUAUCAUGUCAAAAUCUAUCACAAAAUUUGAUUUUUGUAUUAAAAAUGUCAAAAUUUUUGCUCACUUCGCUCGCUCGUAACUUUUUGUAAAAGAUAAAUUCUGCCUGAUACGCAAUGUCUGGCCCUUUCAAUAUCGUCGCCUCAUUACACCAUUACACCCGUUCAUACCAUGAUAUGACCGGGAAAUUUUUGGAUCUUGCCCCCCCUGGCCACCGACCCCUGUUACGCCGCUGAUUUCAGUGUUGUGUCUUGUUCGAUGAUCAUAACUGUCUUGAUCAUUCAAACAUUUGAUAAAUGAAGUGGUAUACUUUCAUUUGAAUCGCGAUUUUGAUAUUUAAUUUAAUUUUAUUCACUUAAACAGGAACUGAUUGUUGUAGACAAAUGUUGAUGGAGGAAAUGUUCACUUGAAUUUUGUAAGAACACGUUCCAAAAUUAGUAACGUCGAUUGAAAUCCAAUGAAUCGCAUGUUAUAUAAAUAUGUCCUCAAUCAAAAUCCUGAAUAAAUAAACUAGAAUGUCUAUUGAA